AUGAUCGAGAAUAGGCGGCGGCAAACGGGGGAGGGCAGAAGCAGACAGAAAUCUCUGCCUGUCCUGUUUAGGAUUGAAAUGGACGUAGUGCGUCACUGGCGGAUGAAAAUUCAAAACAAGAAUUUGGGGUGUGAAAUUGACAGUGAGAGUUGGGUUGGUCUUCUUCAAUUUGGCCUCUCGCUGCACUACUUGGCCUCUCUUUCGACGAAGCGCUUCUCCGUCAACAGCAAUCGCAGGUACGCCGAGAAAGGGAAGAAACCGCCGCCGCCAGAAGUGUUGCCAGUCCCCGGAAGGAUUUGCCGCCGCCGGCGGAUUAGGUUCCGCCUAAUGCUAUUCUUGCUCCAAUUCCGAUUUCAGAGGGAGUUUAAGCAAGAUGCAUUGAGGCUAUAUGGAAACCUUGUGCAGAUAGAAAAAGUGCAGAAGGGCAUUGAAAUGUAACGACACUGGGUAUAUAUUGGAGGCUUAAAUCAACAAAGAGUUGCGAUUCACCGGAGUUGUACCCUUUGAUUUGAAUUUCUUCUUGUUUUGUGAUGUGGUUAAUCAAAUAACCGAAUCUUCAGGCAGG